AUGCUACUGUUUUUAACAUUUAUCCAAACUAUAUUUCAUUAUUCGUUUUCACAAACGACUCAGAAUAUCAACGUUUUAUUAAUUAACGAAGAAAAUAAUGCUUUGGCCGAGAAAUCUUUUGAAGUAGCUAAGGAGUAUGUUAGGAGAAAUCCUAGUUUGGGACUUGCCGUCGAUCCUAUUAUUGUGGUCGGUAACCGGACUGAUGCUAAGGCGUUUUUAGAAAAUGUUUGUAGAAAAUAUACAGACAUGGUGUCAGGAAAAAAACCACCACACGUCGUGCUUGAUUUCACAACGACUGGAGUCGGGUCAGAGACUAUUAAAUCAUUUACUUCAGCGCUAGGUUUGCCUACUAUUUCUGGAUCUUUUGGCCAAGAAGGUGACCUGCGACAGUGGCGAGGUCUAACCUCUAACCAAACACAGUACCUGUUGCAAGUAAUGCCACCGGCGGAUCUCCUUCCUGAAUCAAUACGUGCUAUUGUUACGAAGCAAGGCAUAACGAACGCCGCAAUUAUUUUCGACGAAUUUUUUGUGAUGGAUCACAAAUACAAGUCUCUUUUACAAAAUAUUCCGACUCGUCACGUGAUAACACCCGUUAAAAGUUUUAGUAAAGAUGAGAUUAAAACGCAACUUCGAAGUCUCCGAGAACUUGACAUUGUUAACUUUUUCGUUAUCGGCAGCUUAAGAACUAUUAAAAACGUGCUGGAUGCUGCUAAUGAGAAUCAGUACUUUGGUAGAAAAACCGCUUGGUUUGCACUCAGUUUAGACAAGGGCGAUAUAAGUUGUGGUUGCAAGGAUGCUACUAUUGUUUACAUGAAGCCCACUCCAGAUGCAAAGAGUAGGGAUCGAUUAGGAAAAGUUAAAACUACUUACAGCAUGAAUGGAGAGCCAGAGAUUACAUCUGCGUUCUAUUUUGAUCUGUCCCUACGAACAUUUUUAUCAAUCAAAUCACUACUUGACUCUGGCAAGUGGCCAAACGACAUGAAAUACAUGAGCUGUGAUGACUAUGACGGUAAAAACACCCCCACAAGGACGCUAGAUUUAAAAACUGCAUUUCAAGAAGUAAAAGAAACACCAACGUACGCGCCGUUUUUUAUUCCCGAAGAUGGUUCAAUGAACGGCAGAAGUUACAUGGAGUUUACCACAGAUUUAUCAGCCGUGACGAUAAAAGAUGGUGCCUCGAUAGGCAGCAAACCGUUAGGAUCCUGGAAGGCCGGUCUUUCAAAUCCCUUAACAUUAACCGAUCCAGAAAAUAUGACCGACUAUUCCGCCCAACUGGUGUACAGGAUUGUAACUCUUGUGCAAGACCCAUUUAUAAUACUGGAUGAGGAUGCACCAAAAGGCUUUAAGGGUUAUUGUAUAGAUUUGAUAGAGGAAAUAAGAAAGAUAGUUAAAUUCGAUUACGAAAUAACACUCGUACCAGACGGAAGCUUCGGAAAUAUGGACGAAAAUGGGAAUUGGAAUGGAAUUGUCAAGGAAUUAAUGGAAAAGAGGGCAGACAUAGGACUGUCUUCUUUAUCAGUAAUGGCGGAGAGGGAGAACGUGGUGGACUUUACGGUGCCAUAUUACGAUUUGGUUGGAAUCACUAUUUUGAUGAAGUUGCCGCGAACGCCGACAUCAUUGUUCAAAUUCUUAACCGUUCUAGAGAAUGAUGUGUGGUUUUCUAUUCUCGCCGCUUAUUUCUUUACAAGUUUCCUUAUGUGGGUAUUUGAUAAGUGGAGUCCAUACAGUUACCAGAACAAUCGGGAGAAGUACAAGGAUGAUGAUGAACGACGGGAGUUCACGCUGAAAGAGUGUCUUUGGUUCUGUAUGACGUCAUUAACACCUCAGGGUGGAGGGGAGGCACCCAAGAACCUCUCCGGACGGCUUUUGGCCGCUACUUGGUGGCUUUUUGGCUUCAUCAUAAUAGCAUCGUAUACCGCAAAUUUGGCCGCUUUCCUGACAGUCUCCCGUCUGGACACUCCAAUAGAGUCUUUAGAUGACCUCUCCAAACAGUACAAGAUCCAGUACGCGCCUCUUAACGAUUCCAGCUCCAUGACGUACUUUGAAAGAAUGGCCAAUAUUGAGAUUAAAUUUUACGAGAUAUGGAAGGAAAUGAGCCUAAAUGACAGCCUAAGUGAUGUGGAACGUGCGAAGCUGGCGGUAUGGGAUUACCCAGUUAGUGACAAAUAUACGAAAAUGUGGCAGGCAAUGAAAGAAGCUGGGUUACCAAAUACAGUAGAAGAGGCUGUCGCUAGAGUCAGAGCUUCCAAGAGUUCAAGCGAAGGUUUCGCGUGGCUUGGUGAUGCUACUGAUGUGAGAUACCAAGUCCUGACGAGCUGUGACUUACAAAUGGUAGGAGACGAGUUCUCCAGAAAACCUUAUGCCAUUGCGGUUCAACAAGGUUCACCACUGAAAGAUCAAUUUAAUAAUGCCAUACUCCAAUUGCUGAAUAAACGAAAACUAGAAAAGCUCAAAGAAACAUGGUGGAAUAAUAACCCCAAAGCCGUGAAAUGUGAGAAACAGGACGAUCAGUCGGACGGCAUUUCCAUACAGAAUAUUGGUGGCGUGUUUAUAGUUAUUUUCAUGGGAAUCGGACUUGCUUGCGUAACUCUAGGCGUCGAAUACUGGUGGUACAAAUGGAGAAAGCGAGCUGUCAUUGGAGAUGUCACGCGGGUGCAGCCAGUUAAACUGUCAAAGAAUGAAAUUUCGACAAAUGAAGGAAAGAAAAAUGAGAAUGUCUCGUUCAGAUCUAGGAACCUAAACUUAGCUGACCUGAAACGAAAGUUUUAG